AAAACGAGACUAAAGUGAGUAGGAGAGCAGAAAAUAGACAGGCGAAUAACUAAAGGCGUUCAUAAGAUAAUGUCAACUAAUUUGUCCCUUUACGACGUUCUAGCGGAUGGCUGCCAUAAGUAUAUACCAAAGGAAUACCACCUGCCAUCUUACUUGAUGAAGUGGACACCUGGUGUCACGCCAUUGAGCACAACGCCAGAAGUUGGCUACGCUAUCGUCGCUUACCUCGCUAUCAUCUUUGGUGGUAGGGAAAUCAUGAGAGGCAGACCGGCAUUCAAGUUGAAGAUACCGUUCCAAAUACAUAACACUAUCUUAUACGUUGGUAGUGCUUUGUUGUUGGCCUUAAUGGCUGAGGAAGUUGUUCCAAUGAUCUACAAGCAUGGAUUUUACUACUCAAUCUGCAACACAUCAGCCUGGACUAGAAGAUUAGAAUUUUACUACAUUGUGAACUACUAUUUCAAGUAUAUUGAACUUAUCGACACCGUUUUCCUCGUUUUGAAGAAGAAACCAUUGGCAUUCCUACACGUAUUCCACCACGCAGCUACUGCAGCACUCUGCUACACACAGCUCGAGGGUGAAACAGCCGUCUCAUGGGUCGUCAUCUCACUCAACUUGGCCGUACACGUUUUGAUGUACUACUACUACUACGCAACCGCAGGUGGAAAGAAGAUAUGGUGGAAGAAGUACUUGACUACAAUGCAAAUCACCCAGUUCAUCAUUGAUAUCUUUAUUGUUUACUUUGCAACAUACCAGCACUACGGAUACAGAUGGGGAUGGCCUCACGUCGGCGACUGCACUGGAUCACGCUUUGCUGCGUUCUGCGGCUGUGGACUGUUGACCAGCUACUUGUUCCUCUUCAUCGCCUUCUAUAUCAAGACCUACAAGACGGGCAAAGGUGCGACAGUCCAGAAAGCAGUCACCGAAGCCGGUACAGCAGGCGUCAAGACGAAUUAAAGUACUAUUAGAGAUAUAUUUCCUACUUUUUAAUAUAAAUUUUUUAAAAUAUAUUAUCUUCGUUAUCU